GCCUUUAAUCAAGCCCAUCCCUCGGGCUCUGCGAUGCGAUGCGGUCAUUCGUUUACCUGUUGCAGAGUGCCUCCGGAGACCUGCACAGGUGAUCAUUACCACCACAUGCAACACUCAAGAACCACAAUAAGCGUGAGAAGAGGUGCAAUCCGGCUGAAGGAAUAUAACAAUUGUUUUACCUACCUUUUGCCACCGCGGAUUUUCGAGAUUUCGUUCUGUAAUGCUGCGUUAUUGAGCCACGUUAACAACGUACAUCGCUUCUCAAGGUAAGCUAUGGGCGGCUCCUACCUGAUCCAACCCGUGGUGGCGUUCUACAGCUUCGGGUUAUUCAUGACCAUACCGCUGCUGCAACAGUACGUGUACAGCAGACUGUGGGAGCAGCUCUCUAGCGCCCCCUACUCCUCAUCUCAGAGCGCACAAUGUGUCAACAGUUCUUCAAAUCUGACCUUCACAAUCAUGGAGGUGCAGAAGCAGGCGUCUGUCUUCAUCCUGUACGCAGAGCUGAGCUUCCUGGUGCCCAGCAUGUUCUCCUGCCCUCUCCUGGUCUCCUGCAGCGACUCUCUGGGCCGGAAGGCGGCCAUUGUGCCCCCUCUGCUGGGAAACCUGCUCUUCAGCGUCUGCUGCUUCCUCAUCAGCUGCUUCUCCCUGGACCUGCACUUCCUGCUGGGGGCCGGCUUCGUGGCGGGGCUAUUCGGGGGCCCGUCGGCGCUGCUGGGGGGCUGCUUCGCCUACGUGGCCGACCGCUGCAGAGAGGAGGCGCGUGCCGGGCCGGGGCCGGGGGCCGGGGGGAGCGUCGGAGGUGCGAUGCAGAGCCCCCCGCCACCUGGAGGCUCCCCGGAGACAGAGGUGCGGCAGGGUCCCUCCCGCCGCCGGACCCUGUCCAUGGCCAGCGUGGACCUGAUCUGGGGCCUGAUCGCCGGCCUGGCGCCCGCCUGCACAGGGGUCCUCAUCUACGCCAUCGGGUUCAGAUGGCCCUUCCUCAUCGUCUUCCUGCUGUACCUCCUCACCCUGGCCUACGUGGUCCUGGUCCUGGGAGACUCCCUGGCCUCGGUUAUACCCUUGCCAUCGCCAUCCUCCUCCUCCUCUUCCUCUUCCUCCUCCUCCUCCUCCUCCUCCUCCUCCUCCUGCCCCUCGUUGCGUGGUUGCUUGGGCCUGUCGAGGCAGAAGCUGCUGGGCCAGCUGCAGAGCGUGUACAUGAUGUUUGGAACGGGGAGCCGCAGGAGAAACACCGCGCUGGGACUCACACUGGCAGUCUUUGCUCUGUUUAAGAUGUGUAGGGACGGGGGGAUGUCCAUCAUUAUCCUCUACCAGCUAAACCAGCCCCUGUGUUGGAGCGAGCUCCUGAUUGGCUGUAGCUCCCUACUGGGCAUGAUCGUCCAUCUGGGCAGCUACGCGGGCGUGUCCUUCUUUUCCCGUUGCCUCGACGACGCCAACGUGGUCCUCCUAGGACUGCUAUCCCUCGCCGGGGGUCUGCUCAUGGCCGCCUUCGCACACACCACGCUGCUUAUGUUGCUGGUCAGGCUUCCCUUAAUCCUGUCCGACAUGCCGAGUGCUGUCCUGCGCUCCAUGAUGUCAAACUUAGUCCCGGGCUCUGAACAAGGUGCCGUGUUUGCGUGUGUGGUGUUCCUUGAGAUGUUGAGUGCGUGCGUGGCACUUGUGGUGUUCAACAGCACCUACGCAGCCACAGUGACCUGGUUCUCCGGAUUCAGCUUCCUCCUCGCCUCCCUCCUCACAGUUAUCCCGGCCCUACUGAUUGGCGUUCUAAAAGGCCUCCCACAGAACAGGGAAGAGGACAGAUACAGUCUGACGGCCGAGGAAGUGGACUUCGGAACAGGCGUCGUCGAGGCGACAAUCACUGGGGCGGUAUAGCUUCUCCACUGGGACUCUGUCCGCACUCGGUAUUCGUACCCAACAUCCUACCACACUUACUGUUAUUGUUUAUAUCAGCAGAGAUCCACACUGGCUAGAUGACACCACACUCUGAAAUACUCAUGUCAACCAGUUGGUACGAUGCCAGAAAUGUAAGCACUAAAGUGCUGCUGGUGUUAAGUAUGUGGAAGCUAUGGCAGCCCAGUGCUCAUGGUGCUUGACUACCAGCCAAAGGUUGUGGGUUCCAAUCCUAACGUCAACAGUCUAUCUGGAGGCAUUCCUGAGCAAGAUGUCUAAACCCUACCUGCCCAUUAAUGGCAUCUAUGACCUAUUGGAUCAAGGCUUCAAGUGAAUCAAUGGUAAAGCUGACUACUGUUGACCUGAUUCCACCUGAGCUGUUCUGUAAAGGUCCUAUGCUGGGGCUUAAAUUGGUGCACGUUGCGCCCACUUCCUUUGGAAAGUUUCAGAAAAUGCAGUGACUCAUGCUGGGGUGACUGUGGUUGAACCCAACCAUACAUCACACACUACCGACUCUUCACUUACACACCUCCAUUUAUAUUGUUUCAUUGAUUUGUGAUUAUGUUUUGAAUACAAUUAAUUAUGUUCAACUUCAUUUCAUGUGCAAUUUCCCUUUUUUGUUGUGCUCUGUUGAGCUACAUGGGCGACAGCAUUUUGUCAAAUUGGUCACACAUAAAACCCCGCUGUUGAAUAUUGUACAGUACAUACUUGGGGGCCCAUGGAGGGCUGGUCCCUAAAUGUGUGUCAUUAAUGAAACGAUAGGGUUCAACGUCACCAAGGGAUGGAUGAGAUCCAUAACGUUUGAUGGGUAACUUUAUUAAAUCAUAUGUGUAUUACACUUAAAAUAUUUUAUUAAAAUAGAGAGCAGCAAUUUUUCUGAAGAACAGUAAAGAACUGAAGGGCAAUAAUGUGUAUAAUGAUAAAAUGCAAACAAAUAACUUGAUAUUUUCCAUACAUACUGACAUUUGUUUGGCUCGCUCUGAUACGCCGAUGAGCCAAUAUUGCACUGCUUGAUAAAAUAUUAAACCAUGUUGGUGAGACAGAGAGUCAUCCAAACAUGUUACCAUGACGACAGUAUAAAUAUUUUGAUAACCCUUCCUGACAUUCUAAUUCCCAUCUUGUCAGCCACUUUAAAUGAGUUCACGGCAUCAACAUUAAAAAAGGUUUACAUUAAAGAUGGCUGAUUAGAUGCUAUGUAGAAAAGGGUUAAGUGAAUGUUCGUAACAGGUAAGCGACGGUUAAUUUAAAAUGCGUUUGUGUUUGGCGUGGUCUGAGUAAGGUAGGUGUGGCUGAAAGCAAAGCCUGAUGCACACCGACCAAAAAAAA